UCAUCCACGAGACAGCGCGAUUGGCUUGGAGAGUGCACGAAUACCCUUUUGACCGGCUCCCGGGGACAAUUGCUUGGACAGUCGUCGCGGGAGUGGGCACGUCCAGAGUUUUCGGAUAGCGUGGAUGGACCUGUAUCGUGGCGUUUGACGCUCGAUCAGGAUCUUAUUGACACGCUGCAACGAAGUUUUCCAAAUUGGUUCAAUUCCACGGCCAUUUGUGAGUCGGACUCGGAGAAUAUUUCCACGAAUUACCACUUUUCUGAGCAAUUGCUGACAUCCAUUGACAGAAUGGCUGAAGGCGAACGUUCAGCAAAUACAUCAGCAUCAACGGACAAUACGAGUUCAUCACUAACAAGUGGUUUAAAUACAAGACACUCACCGCCCAAAGCUGUUGUCGAUUCCAGUCCGUUGCAGCCAGCGAUGGAUAAGAACAAAGAAUCUCUGAAAGUGAAGCUAAUGAUGCGAAGACCCAUCACUCAGCUGGUGGAACAAGGGAUUCUUCCACCCUUGAAAACAUCACCGGCAAUUCAUGAGCAACGAAAGCAACUUCAGCGGGCGAAAACGGGAGAUUUGCUGAAGGCGAAGAUCCAGCAAAGGCCUGAUCGACAGGAGCUGGAGCGUCGUCACAUUCUGGAGCACGAUGAGAGUCAUGUGGAUCCGAGUCUGGCGGAGAAGCAGCGAAUGCUGAAGAAGGCUCGACUGGCGGAUCAGUUGAAUUCGCAGAUAUCACACCGUCCGGGACCAUUGGAGUUGAUCAAGAAGAACAUCCUGCACACGGAGGAGCCCAUCGAGAGGAUCGUGAAGGAGGGUUUGGUGACAUUCAAGGCGACCAGCGAGGGUUUGCUGAGUCGCCCACAACAGCCCCACAGCUACAUCACAUUCGAGGAGGAUAGUCAGAGCUCUGAGGGCGAUCAGCGCUCGAGUCCGGCGCGGGGCUCCUCGGCUGGAAGUGAUGUGAUUGAGACGGCGGCAGCGUCGGCGGGAAUUGUCACGGUGGCGCUCACGAUUCCCACCACGGGUGGAGCGGUGAUGGUGACAUCUGCCACGCCAGUGCUUCAGAGCAAAUUCCACUCGCUCCUCGCACCAUACGUGUCUUCGGCUCCGCCACCGCCGCCGCCCCUGCCAAUCAAGAGUGAGACAAUCCAGAUCAACUCAGAGACACCGCAGAGAUUUGCGGAGUUGUGCCAAUCCGUGGUGGGAUAUGUCACGACGAAUUCCACUUUGAUUCCAAUCGCUCCGGCGCCCAGUCCGUCAUCACUGGCCUCCACAAGUUCCAGCCUCAGUCCUAUAUCGUCUGUGCCUUCGCCGCAGCAGCCCGUCAGACCGCCCAUUGUGGCCGUGACGCCGAAGUCCGAUGCUCCGGGCAAGGAUAAGUACCGGAAGAAGAGCAAGAGCAAACCAGUGGUGAAGGCGAGACCCAUUAAAUUCCACGAAUACAAGGGUCCACCGAAUGCACAGAAAGUCAGUUCCCUGGUCAGCAGUGCGCAGACGGAAGAGACGUCUUAUCAGUUGCUGCUGAAGCAGCAGAAUUGUCUGCUUGAGUAUCUCGAAGGACUGAACAAGACAUCGACUCAGUUCAUCCAGCAAAUGCCCAUAAAGUGUGAGUCCUCGUCGAAUAGUGUGAUCUCUCAGCCGAUUCCUUCGCCCGCUCACUCUGUGGCCUCGUCCACGACCGAGAGCUGUGCCGGCAACUUCCCGGAGAUUUCCAGCACGGCGGCGGAAAUUGCCAAGCUGGAGAAGAUGAAGGUGUACGACCUGAAGCUGCAGCUGAAGAAGCGGAAUCUGCCAGUGUCUGGACCCAAGCCGCAGCUCAUUGAGCGCCUGAAGCCUUAUCUGCCGCUGGAGCCCGUGUCAAUUGCACAGGGAGAUUCUGUGGUGAGCAGCGAGACGACAGAUCUCGAUGUGGUGAGUUCGAUGUCGCCGGAAUCUGACGAACCGGAGAACAUGGAUGUGCAGUCGUACGAGAUGACGAUGGAGGAGAUGUCGCCGGUGGUGAUGAAUGAGGAGUUAGUGAAAGAGCAGCAGAGGAAGAUUGACGAACUGCAGCGGAAGUUGAAGGAGAGUCAGGAUGAGUUGCUGCAGAUGAAGCAGUGUCAACCGCCAGUGAAUGAGCCGCCAGCUUUGACGCAGAAAAUGAUUGUGAAGCAGCAACUCGAGGCGAAGAUACAGAAGGAGAAGCUGCAGCAGCUGGAGAAUCUGAAGAGGCAGCAGAAGCUAGUGGAGGUGAAGACGGAGCCGCAGCAGCAGCAACAGCCUCAUGUGCAAAUCACAGAUGCGCAGUUGCAGCAGAUUCAGGGCGCUGGUGGGAAGGGCAAUGUGGAGAUCGUGUGGAACGGUGAGCCGACACUCCUGCUGGUGAAUCUGAGGGACAAGAAGGAGAACAUCAGCCAACAGACAUCCAUUCCAAGAAUACUGGUGCCCAUUGCCGCGGCCAAGGCGGCCGAUGUGAAGCCGCAGGAGAUUCAAGUGGUGGGCGUGAAGUCUGAACCGCUGCACUUCGAUGAGAUGUCAGCGGGUCAGGCGGAAGCACUGAAGUUCAUCACGACGCAGGCCAAUGCGGCGGCCACGAGUACCACGACCACGAAGGCGAAUGGGAAGAUUCCACACAGGAAUUCACAAUUGAUCACAGAUGUGCUGGAGAUCUUGAUAAGGAAUGGCGAACUUCCUGAGUCAGCAGCACAGAUUCCUGUCACGCCAACGACGCCGGGAACAACGGCUGCCGGAGCGCCUCUGAUGGAUGGCAUUGUGUUCACGAAGUCACGCAUGCAGGCGCCGCCGGAAGCUGCACAGUUUGCGAGUGGUCAGGAGAAUGGAGAUGGUGUGGAGAAUAUGGAUCUCUUGUCACCGCUGCAUCCGGAUCCGGCGAUUGAUGCUGACAAUGCGGUGAACACACUCAAUAUGUUCCUGGAACAGUCUUCGGCGGGCCUGGAGAGCAGCGGAAAGGAUUGCGAUGCCGUGGAUCUCAAUCACUUUGACGAUCUUGCAUUUAUGGAGCUCAUGAGUCAUCAGAUGGACAUGGAUAUUACGGAGGACAGUCCAACAGAGCCGCCACAGGCGCCGCCGCCGCCCUACAGCAGAGCCAGGCGCGAGAUGAAUCCCAGUCUUCAGCCGUCACUGUCGGAGCUGAUCCAGCAACAGUCGGCGAGUGGCUUCUUCAAUGGGGCGCAAGUGACAGCGUCGAGUGGAAACAAUAAUCUGCACACAACGCCGCUGAGUAAUAACAAUUUGGUGAAUGAAAUCCAGAUGGAGAUGGACGAAUUCUCCAAUUCACUCCCACCAUUUGACUUUCCCGCUCUCGGUGGGGCGCUGAGCCACGAUGUGGACAACCCCACGCCGCACUUCACCUUUGCCACCACUGCUGAUGACGCGCCGCCGACCACGAGUGUGGUAACGUCGCACUGUGGUGCUGAACAGAAUCUCUAUGAUGCCACCCACGUGGCCAUGCAGCAGGACAAUCUACUGGAUCUGCUCAGCUUCGAUGACCUCAGGAUGUCCGGGGAGUCGAUGCCGUGGAGCGAAGUGGACUUUGCCGUGUGAGAGGACAAACACACCACACAACAAGUGAUGAGAAUCUUCCGGGAGGACACAAUCGCAGUAACUAUGAAUCAUUUUCUAAUACUUGUUAUAAACACACACACAAAAUAUUAUAUUUAAUCCACUAUUUAAGAGCGCAACAAUGCGGUGAAUAUUUCAGAAAUAUUCACACCGCCGAAACACUCAACUAACGUGUGAAAUUGUACGCCCAGAGAGAGAGCUGAGAAGCGUUUAUUUAAUAGGAGAGCUUAACAUUGAUUUAAGACGAUUCACUUCAGCAUAAUCCAUCAUGACCAAUAAAUAUGUAGGAGAGUGAGUGGGUGGAAGUGUGCAUGCAAUUCUAAUCACACUUUAACAACAAUGGCCCCAAUUCUGGCAGCGUUGAUAGAGAGCAAGAUAUCAGGGUGUCAAAUAAUUGUAAAAUCAAGAUUAUGGCAUUCUCGAAGAGUUGAAAUCAUGAUAUCUUGAUGGCAGAAUUGAGGCUAAUAUCUCUUAUAAAGUCUCUAGAAUGCAUAUGCGAGGAGGGAAAGAGGAGAAGUUCUAAGUGAAUAUCCAGGCGUAGAGUUCGAAAUAAGAUUAAAUACUUGACAAGAGAUCAUUCAGGAUGUGUAAAAUCCUUAGAAAUAGGAAUAAAUUUCUCCUUGAGAAAUCACUUAUAAUAAACACUUAUAGAUUUGAUGAAAAGGAAAGCAUGAGAAAAUAUUCUAGUUAAAUUUUUAACAAUUAAUUCCAGUGAUUUUUUUAUUGAAUAAUAAUUAUAAAGAAGUAACUUAAAUAUACAGUGCAAGAGAGAAACAGAAAGAGAGAGAGAGAGAUGUGAAACAACAGAUGAAAUAAUAACAAAAUAUUCGAGAAAGAACCAUUAAUAAAUUGAAGUGCCUGCAAUGUCAUUGUGCAUCGUCAAUGAGAUUAGAGAAAAUUUUACUUAACGUGUGUUUCACAGGAAAAUACAAUUAAAAAAAAACAAGGGGAUUUUACAGAAAUUCACUUCGAUAAGGCUUUUUAUCAAGUGUGCGAUUGUAAAGUUUCCUUGCUGAGAAUUCACAGGAGAGAAUUUUUUUAAGCGAAGUAACAUCAUUAAGUAAAAAUAUUGAUAGUAAUGCAUGAAUGAUUGUCCGAUAAUUGUAGACUUGUAAUGUCAUAGGAUAACUCGUGUGUGAGAAGAUGAACUAAAGGAGAGGCACAGAAGGAGAGAUGAUGGCAAUCGAGAGAAGACGUGGAGAAGACACAAGAAGGAGAGAAAAAUUCAAUGUUGGGAAUAUAUCGAAAAUGCGAAAAUGUUGCUCUGCGAUGCUUCUUGUUUUACGUUUUCUCGCUCAUCCUUUAAUUUUAUUUUCUCCCCGUUUAAGAUUAAUGGUAAUACCAUCCUAUUCUCACGUGAAUGGAAGACAGAGGUGAAGAGGAAGAGCUGAAAAAUCUAAUUAAUUUUAUUUUUACGCUCUGCACAGUGUAGUCGUUUUUUCUGCUGACCAUUAGUACUCUGAAGUCAUGGGAGAGAGAGAAGUGAGAUAGGAGAGGAACUCCUCUAAAAGCAACCAAAAUUCAUUACAUGAGUCAAAACAACUCUGCAAUAUGUGUAGGAUUUUUUGGGCGGUUUUGCUAGAUUCCACUGUGUUCGUUUUUUGCUCAUUUAUCCGUGGCUGAAAUGCGUUGGUGAUCACGUUUACUUCACUCUCAUCGCGUCUCUUGCCAAUUCCCGUGUGCGGCUUUUUAAUCUCACUGCAGGAAAUCGGCGGGCUUUGCAUGCGAGAGUGAACAAUCCUUGACGAAUUUGAGUUACGACAUGGUGAAAAUGUGGAAACUCAAUAUUUCCAAUGACCACCUGGACAUGCCAAUGUCGCUCAGGUGUUUUCCAUUCUGAUCAUCGUGCGAUGAUCACACUUGCCAGCCCACGCUCUCGCGGGCCGUGAACGUUAAUUGUGGAGUUGAAAAAUAUGAUUUCUGGGUGUAAACAAAUCGCGUGAGAAUAGCAAGUUGGAAUUGUAUUUGUUCAGUUUGUUAUUUGGUUUUGGUGUUUCAAAUAAUUAAAUUUUGCAGAUAUUUCAAACACUAUGUGUGAUGUAACACGAUGAAGAAAUAGAGCCACAAUGUAUUCUCUGGGUUUUAUUGCCAAUUUGAGAUGUUGCUUACAGUGAUCUUCAAUAGAUUAUGUGGAGAUACUCAAAGUCUGUUGCUCGCAGUGUCAAUUUGUAGAGAAUACAGAUGAAGAGAAUUUGAUUGAAACUCGAUUAGCUCUUGCAGGAGAAGAAGGUUUCGCAUUUUGCAUCAAUAUUUCAUCUGCAAGAAUAUAUAAAUUAACUAAUAGAUGAAAUUAGUAGAUGGUUUUUCUCGCCUAAAUUUAAUUCCAUCUACUUUGCAAGUCCUUUAAACGCUUGUCCGAACUUUAAUGGUCUUUUGUAGUGAUUUAACCAUUCCCUUUUGCCUGACACAUUCUUCCAUUUGUAUGGCAAAUGAUUAAAAUCUCACUGGUAUUCUUUCACAGUUGAUAAAUGAUGAGAGUUGAGAAAUGAAAUCCAGAAAUUGUAUUACCUAUUCAUCCCCGAAGAAUUUCUCACAUGAAUACUAACAAUUCCACCCUCACUUUUGCUCUGUCAUGACUUGGUGUGAAUUGUGAAUGGGCGGAGAAUAGGAACAAUUAUGAGAAUAAUUGUGCAAUAAUUGCUAACAUAGCUAAUUCAAUUUAGAGAACGUGAAUCGCGUGAGAUUUUUCCACAACGGUCUUUUCUCUCUCACUUCUUGAUCUCCUGAGCUUUGCUCCGUGCCGGAAAGCCUGUGCGGAUGGUCUGGGCAGGAGGUGUAUAAUGGCACAAUGAGUGUGAGGGGUGGAUAUUCGCGGGGGUGGAGUGUCUCCACGGAGGAAUCCCCAAAAUUAAUGAAUAUGAAGUAAUAUAAAAUGGCUCUUUUGGAAAACCGGCAAGAGAAGUGAUUAAAUUCUUGUAUAGAAAUUGGUAUGGAAGAUGAGAAAGAGAAGAGGCAUUCAGCGAGUGGUGAGGAAUAAUUUAUGCAUUUAAGAUGGGGAUAAUGUGGCGAGAGUGAUAAAAAUAAUAAAGCAAAUCCCGUUCGGUGUGAAUUUGCCGAGGACAGGAUGGGAGAGCACAAAAAGUGGCUCAGGGACAUUUGUCAACUGGCGGAUGUGUCCUCGAGAGGUGGGCGGGGGUGGAAAAGGGCUGAAAUGUGUGAAUGUGUGUGUGUGUGUGAAGAUUUACAAGUUAAUAUGUACAGAAGAAAUGAGACAAGACAAAGUCGCACAAAAUGCUUCCAUAAAUAAAAAAUGAUUAAAGUUAAUGCAAAACGGAAAAAUAUAGCAAACAUUUUCCCUUCCCUUCGGCCUGGCGUGUGUCGCCGUGCGUGUAAUUUUAUACUCCUUUCGCCUCUCGUUCGCCCCCCGUUAUUGAGGGGGCGGCGCCCGAGGCGGGGAGGCGAGAGGGGUGCACAGAAACUUACACGUUGACAAAGUGGAGGGAAAAAUGUUGAGCUUUCCAUGCUGAACCCCCAAAAUAUUGCCACUGGGGUUGAGUUCAAUGUGAGUGAAUUGAGAGCGAAGGGGGGUGCGUGAGGGGGUGCAUGAGGGGACAAAAAGCUGUGCGUGUGGCUGGAGAGGGAUGAAAAUAAUAACUACAAGUUCGAUGAUAAUAUAAAGAGAAGAAAGGAAAAAAAACUACGAUAUAGAGUCUAAUAAAUUACGUUACAUAAUAAUAAUAAAUUUACUGAGAGUAAAAAGUAAGAGUGAGAGGAGAAAAGUAAUAAAGUGUAAUGAUUAGUAAUUGAUACAGAUCACAUUUUAUUUCUGUUUUUUUCCCCCUGUAUACUGCUUUAUUUGUAUGGAAAACAUGACCCUUUGUCAUUUUCUGUUUACCUCUGUAAUAAUUCUGUUACUCAGAAGAGAAGAAGAGAAACCUCUGAAUGGUUCGUGGCAAAGAUGCAGAGCAUGGAAAACUAUUAAUUUGUCUUUCAUAGAAGAAGAAAAUUUUCUCUAAGCAUAAGAAAAUUGAGAAAAUUAUUUGUGUAUCAGGUGCUGUUCCAAGAUUUUCAUUGAAAAUUUUCAAUUACUUAGCGUUUUAGUCUCUUAUUGAAUAUAGUUAUACUGUGUAAGAAUGCUAUUAAACUUAAUGAUGAGAAUGAGUAUAAUUGCAAAAUAUACAAGAAACAUUUUGAGCAAAACAUAAA